UUGAUAGAGGAGAAACGUCGCUCUCCUUAAGAUAAAGUAACACAUAAUAAUAACACUGAUUGUUUUGAACACAACAGUCGCGUGGUAACAUUUGUGAACAGUGAACCAAUCAGAGUCUUAAACAUUUAAUACUUUUCGUUGAUUACUAGAAGGUGUCACUAUGACUGUUCGUUGGGGCAUUGUGUGUGCUGGAAAGAUCUGCCAAGAUUUCGUGAAUGCUGUGGACAGUUACCCCGACAAGGGAGAUCAGGUGAUAGCCGCAGUCGCGGCCAGAAACAAGCGGCGAGCCACGGAAUUCGCUAAACAACUCAACAUUCCCAAAGUUUUCGACUCUUAUGAAGCAAUGGCAGCUAGCAAAGAUAUUGAUGUUGCAUAUAUCGGAGCCCUCAAUCCCGACCAUUACUCACUGAGCAAACUGUUCCUUGAGAAUGGCAAACACGUUCUUUGUGAGAAGCCUAUGUGCUUAAAUUUCAAACAAACUCAAAGUCUUAUAAACCUGGCCCAAAAGAAAAAAGUAUUCCUAAUGGAAGGAGUGUGGUCCCGGUUUGCGCCUGCGUAUGUUGCAUUGGAGAAAGACAUCACGGAUGGUAAAUUAGGAGAUGUCAAGUUUCUGGAAGUUAACUUAGGUGUGCCUAUGGAAUACGUCGACAGAGUAACAAAAAAAGAGUUUGGUGGCAGUGCCGUGCUAGACAUUGGAGUAUACGUAUUGCAACUUUCCCAAUAUGUGUUCAAAGACGAACCAGUGAGGGUAUCAGUCGUUGGUGUGCCCCUCAACGAUUCAGGUGUGGACCUGAUGGAGACCAUUGUUCUGGACUACGAGGGUGGCAGACGCGCCGUUUUAAACUUAACUGCCCAUAUUAAAUUGUGGAACAAAGCUACUAUAUACGGCACCAAAGGAAGAAUUACGCUAGAGGAACCUUUCCAUUUCCCCACGAAGCUGACCAGAGAAGGAGGAACCGAAAUCUUUUCAUUGCAUGACUCAAGACAAUACAACUUUGAAAACAGCGCUGGAUUAGUUUAUGAGGCAUUAGAGGUCGUGAGAUGUAUUAAGAAUGGUCUCAAUGAAUCACCGAGAAUGAGUCAUAAAGAAAGUCUGAUUCUGGCAAAGCUCGAGGAUACAGUUCGAAAGCAACUUGGUGUUCAUUUUGAUGCUGAUGAUCAGCAAUACACGUAAAAUAUUAAUGGAGUUUUCAACUUACUUUUAGUUACUAAAACUUGAACUAGUAUCAAGCAUUAGAUAAAUGUGUAUGAAAAGAUAACUAUGUUUGUAUGUUUUAACUUAUUAGUUACCAUUAAAAAAAUGUUUGGUGUUUGUAAAAAUGUAUUUGAUAAGUCUAAAUUGUACAAUUAUUGCAUAGGUACUUAAAUAAUAUAAUACAUCAUUACUUACAUUAAAAUGUUAUAUUAGUCAGCCAAAUCGUAUUGCCUAAAAUAACGGGACACCAAACAUAUAAAAAUGUUCAAUGGUGCUACAUCAGAAAUUACAUUUUCAUCUUCCUGGUUCAGGUUUGAUCUGAAAUGAUUAAAAUGGAAAUACAUAA